CAGGCGAGUAUACUUAUCAUCUUGCGAUCGAUAGCGAACUUGCCAGUGCGGUAAAUGAGACGAAGUUUGGUCAAAUUUGGGCACAGUCUUUCUAUUUACGCUUAGUUUUCAUGACAUAUAUUGAAAGGUUGGAAUGCUGUAUUCUGUUGCCGAGAUGAAAUUUGUCUGAUUCUUCCACGGCCACAAACAUUGCUGAUUCCAUUCUUACUUUACCUGUGCCGGUGGAUACAAGCUGCACAGAGCCAGUUCAGAAAAGAGACCAAGAAAUACCGGAUAUCUUGGCCCCCUCCCCUUUUCCUCUGCCGUCCCCUCACGCCCUGCUUCAAGCUUAUCCGCUGAACUCACUGCGAUCCUGAUGUGACAUGACAAUGCGGGUACAGCCCCUGGGUGGCGGGGUGGAGAGGACGCGCUCCGUGCCGCACACCCGCCUCGAAGACGAUGCCGCGGUCGAGAAGCACUACCAGAGCGGCGCCAAGCUGGGAGCCGGCAGCUUCGGGGUCGUCUUCGAAGGGACCUGUCUCAAGACGAACAAAAAGUGGGCCAUCAAGAUUAUCAACAAAGAGAAGGCUGGGAGCUUAGCGGUCAAGCUGCUGGAGAGAGAAGUAGCCAUCUUGAAGAAAGUCAAACAAAGACACAUUAUUUAUCUCAAAGAAGUCUUUGAAACUCCAAAGAGAAUGUACCUGGUGAUGGAGAUAUGCGACGAAGGAGAACUGAACAAGCUUUUCAACCACGAGGGAGUCUUCUCGGAAGCAGACACAAGAACAAUUAUACAGAGAUUAACCAGUGCAGUAGCCUACUUACACAAAAAUGACAUUGUGCACAGAGAUAUCAAGCUAGAGAACAUCCUUGUUAGUAAGAACCCAGAUGAACCAAGUGAUAGAUUGAAUAUUAAGUUGACAGAUUUUGGGCUGUCUGUCGUCAAAGGUGGUGUAGGCAGUGACAUCCAAAACAUGUGUGGAACUCCAAUGUAUAUGGCUCCUGAAGUAAUAGACAACCAAGGCUAUAGUCAACAGUGUGACAUAUGGAGUAUAGGUGUUAUUGCUUUUUUAUUGAUAUGUGGUGAACCUCCAUUUACAGGUCAGGAUGAGGAUGGUCUGUAUGACUCAAUACGGAAAGGAGACCUAGACUUCUCCACUGAUGCUUGGCAAAGGAUUAGUGAUGAAGCUAAAAAUGCCAUCCAGGGUCUACUGAAGGUUGACCCCGCCCACCGUCUGACGGCCAGCGAGCUCCUGGACCACCCCUGGAUCACGGGGGACCGGUCCCGCCCCAUGAACAACGGCCCCACCAACGUCCUGGAGAUGAUGAAGCAAUGGAAGCUGGAGGAGGACAAUGAAGAAGGGGAGGAGGAGGUGGAUGGUGGAGGAACGAACAAUGUGGAUGAUGGAGGGAACGAUGAUUCAGUGAAUAAUAACGUGAAGGAGGGAGAGACGUGUAUUAAAGAGAAGGGCACUAAGAUUAGUCGGCAAGCAGGGUCUACAACGUCAACAUCAACAGGAACAAAGUCGUCAAAACAGUCUUCAGCACCAGCCAAGAAAACUCCAGGUGUAUCAAGAUCAAAAUUAAGUCCUACAGAGGGCGCACCAUCAAGAACUUCCCGAAGCAGCGGGCACUCUGGCCCUUCCACAUCCACGUCGACGUCGAACUCCAGAUUGUCGACGACGCCCCGAAGUCGGGCCACCGCACCCAGCAAGUCACCCCACAGGACUGUCGGAGGCUCGAGGGCGAAGCCCAACUCACCGAAAGGCGGCGGGGGCACGCCGGGGCGGGGUACUAAAAAGAAAGCCUCCGGGGUGAGCUGAGGACAAGCCUAAGGGGUCGGGGUUCACACGUAAAGUAUAAAUAUUAAGAAUUUUAUAUCGAUCAUGUAUUCAAUAAUGCAAGUUUGUUUGUGUGUGCAUAGAACGGAAUAACCAUUUUCUCUUUUUCUUCUUUUUUUUUGGUCAGCUUUUAUCUGAACAGCUCUAUGCAUGUACAUGUAAUGUUUGACGCUUGGUCUCAUGUAGCGUUUGAUUUUCGUAGAGAGUGCAUACCUGCAUGUGCAAAAAAAAGAAUAAGUUAUUAGAAUAAAAAAGAAUAAGGUGUUUUGCGAUGUCAAUUGUAUGUCUUAGGAGAACAAAUAUUGGGAUACAUUCUAGCUGCUACACGCGGAGUCUAUGUAGAUUAUGGUUAUGAUAAAGUUCAGGGUAAAAUUAAAACUUUAGUGCCUGAUUUACUAAGCACGGACAGCAUAUAGUUAAUCAUAUGAGUUUGACGAGACAGCAUAGAUUUACUACCAAAAUAACCACUUUUAGAAAAUAAGAGUGACUAUCAUUAUGCUAGGAACCAAAUAAGAAAUAAAAAAUGUUACAUUAAAUUCAUUAAAUUCAUUAAAUUCAUGAAAUUCAUGAAAAAUUAUUUGAAAUAAAUACAAGAAAUUAUCACUUUUUACCGCCUUCUAUUAAAUUGAAGGCUUUAAUGUAAUAACCUAAGUAUCUUAACCUACAGUAUUGCCAAAAUAAUUGUAACUCUUGUAAAGAACUGAACAUAUUAUUUUUGUCAUGUAAAACCAUUUAAAUUAGUUCAUGCAGUAUUGUAUGUAGACAUCAUAUUUUCUUGAAAGAUCAUCUUUAGCUUUGGAAAUAGUUUUGCUUUUCUACAUAAACUGAUUGUCGGAACCCUGUUUGUUUUAGACUCUAAUAUAUAUUAAUAAAUCUCUAGAUUAUCUUUCAAAAUAGUAAAAUUAAGUUUAGAUCGUUUUUGUUAAUAUAUAUUUUUGGUUUGGUAUACCACGUCUGAGAUUUAUUUGCUUCAGAUAAAGAUUAAGAACAAUAUUUUUAUUUGAUUUAGAUGAGAGUUUAGAAAUAUGUGCUUAUUUUCAUUGAUUGUGAAGUGAAGAAUAUGAAAAUGAUAUGAAGAAAAUGUCUAAUUUUAUACAGUACUUUAUUUAAGGUAGUAAUAAUUUAAGAACGAGAUAUCAAAAUGAAAAGAGAAAUGCUAAGACUUUUCUUUGGUUGUGCGGAUAUAAAAUGUGGCAUGUGUAUUGAUGUUAAUAAGGUGACUUUUUUUUCUGCAUUCCGUGACUGUUUUCUUACUUUUGUAUUUCCAAAAUCUAUACCUUGAAUGCAUGCUUUGUAUCUAUGGUGUAUCAAAUUAUCAUAUUUACAAUAUGAAUGUAUGGAAUUAUAAUUUGCCACUGAUGAAACUAAUUUUAUGUUCACUGUUUAAAGUAGAAACUGUCACAUGCAUCAAACUCCGGCAAAUUUCAUGUUUGAUUUUAGAUUCAUGAAAAUGUUUCAUGCCUUGAAAUUACUUAUUAGAAGUGACAGAAAAAUGA